UCAAAACUCUACAACCUUUUAUUCAAGAAAUUCUUUAUCAAAUAUACUACAACCAGAUAUCCCACCUAAGUUCGAAAUACUCAAUAUAAUAAUAAUAAUAAUAGUUGCUAUGGUGGGAUUCCUGAUUGAAGAAGGACAACAGUUAAACAAAUGGGAAGGCCAUGUAGAUUGGAGGAAUAGGCCCGCCAUGAGAGGCGAUCAUGGUGGCAUGCUUGCAGCCUCCUUUGUCUUAGUGGUGGAGAUACUGGAGAAUCUAGCCUUCCUGGCCAAUGCAAGCAACCUUGUGCUAUACCUUUCAAAGUUCAUGCACUACUCUCCAUCAAGCUCUGCAAACAUUGUUACCAACUUCAUGGGAACAGCCUUCCUCCUUGCUCUCCUAGGUGGCCUUUUAGCGGAUGCUUUUUUCACCACCUAUCGCCUCUAUUUGACAAGUGCUGCAAUAGAAUUUAUGGGCCUGUUAAUACUCACAGUGCAAGCUCACAUACCUUCAUUAAAACCACCAACGUGUGCUUUAGCAAGCACUGAAAUUCCGUGCCAGAAAGCCAACGGGCAGAAAGCUGCCAUGUUGUUUACUGGCCUUUAUCUGGUGGCACUAGGUGUUGGUGGAAUAAAAGGUUCACUUCCCCCUCAUGGGGCUGAACAAUUCGAUGAGACCACCCCACAGGGGAGGAAGCAGAGAUCAUCAUUCUUCAAUUACUAUGUGUUCUGCCUUUCUUGUGGAGCUUUAAUUGCAGUAACUUUCGUGGUAUGGAUUGAAGACAACAAAGGAUGGCAAUGGGGUUUCGGGGUAGCUACUGCAACAAUACUGACAUCCAUCCCAGUUUUUCUCCUUGGCUCUCCCAUUUACAGGACAAAGAUUCCAGCAGGAAGCCCUAUUACCACAAUGUUUAAGGUUCUAGCUGCAGCAAUUUACAACAACUUUAAGUCUAAAAAUCCAAAAAAUGCAGUCAUGGGCAUGGAGACAAUUCCAUCAUCCUACAAUACUGAAACCAGUGAAGAAGGAGAAAGUAGUACCAAGGUAAAGGUCCCAAGGCAAACUCUCACGGAAGACCUAAAGUUCCUAAACGAAGCAAUCAAAGGAAAACCAGUUAGCCCAAUGUUACAAUGUACAGCAAAGCAAGUAGAAGAGGCAAAGGUAGUACUAAGGAAAAUCCCAAUUUUCAUGUGCACUAUAAUGCUUAACUGCUGCCUUGCUCAGCUCUCCACCUUUUCUGUCCAACAAGCAGCCACCAUGAACACCCAGAUUGGUUCCUUAAAAGUUCCACCAGCUUCUCUACCUGUCUUCCCCGUUAUCUUCAUGAUGAUCCUUGCACCAACCUAUAGCCAUUUCAUCAUUCCAUUUGCCAGAAAAGUAACCAAGAGUGAAAUGGGAAUUACUCAUCUCCAGAGAAUAGGAACAGGGCUGGUUCUAUCUAUUAUUGCAAUGGCAGUGGCUGCUCUAGUGGAAAUAAAGAGAAAAAAGGUAGCAGUCGAGUCAGGGCUAGUUAAUUCUGCUGAUUCUUUACCAAUAACAUUCCUUUGGAUAGCUCUCCAAUACUUGUUUCUUGGAUCAGCUGAUCUUUUCACCUUAGCUGGCAUGAUGGAAUUCUUCUUCACCGAGGCUCCAACAAGCAUGAGAUCUUUGGCCACUUCCCUUUCUUGGGCUUCACUUGCCAUGGGAUACUAUUUCAGUUCAGUGCUUAUAUCAGUGGUCAACAACAUUACCAGCACCUUUCGACACACACCGUGGCUUUCUGGUAGCAACUUGAAUCACUACCACCUAGAGAGGUUUUACUGGUUGAUGUGCAUACUUAGCAGUCUAAAUUUCUUCCAUUAUCUCUUCUGGGCAAACCGCUAUAAGUAUAAAACAGCAAGCUCGGCUGAUUGAUCAAAUAUUUAACUUUGAGAAGGUCUAGGGGCCUACUAGUUAGUUGAAGUCGACCAAAUUCAUCAGCUUGAGAUCACUUGAAUUAAGUCUUAAGAGCUCUAUCCGAUCUAACUUUGGAGAGUAAUAGACUAAUAGUGGGGUCUUUUUCUCCAAUAAUCAUCUUAGCAUGUCACCAUAUUAGGGCUUUUCUCUCAUCCGUAAUAAUCUUUUCUACUUGUAAGCAUUAGUACAAGAAUCUCACAUGUAAUAAUACUAAUCUACAGGUGGUUGAAUCAGUGCAUGACUACAAAGGAUGGCUAAUG